AAUCUCUAUAAACCUGAAAAGGAAAAUAAAAUAAAAAACAAAUAAUGGGGAAAUACAGAAACAAGCAGGACUCGCAGGAGAAAGCUUCAAUUCAGCUCACAAUCUGAAGACAAAUGUUGAUAUUUCUCUUUUCUAGUUUGAUCUUGAUGAUGAACAUUUGGCCUACAAGAAAAUGCAUGAAUUUUCCACAGUGGAUGGCUUUGUAGAGAUAACCGAAUCCUUGGCCGACAUGAUAAAGUUCAUUGCAAAUGAGCCUGCGGCGGGGCUUAUCUACAUUCAACAGCAUACCCAAAAAGCAGUGCCUAACCUUAUUAAUCUCAAUAACAAUGUUGAGGAGAAAUCUCGUCAACUGACUUUGCACACGGCGGAUUCAGAAGAUUCUAUCAUCAUUGUCAGGUCAAUGAAAGAGUCUGGCUUUCCAAUUGCUAAUGAAAUGAUUAAAGAUCUCAGACAUUCUCUAGCUGUCAUGUCCGCGAAGCAGCCCAAAAGAGGAUUUAUGAGUAGACCAAGUUCAAGUUUCCGGAUAGGGAGAACUAUCUCUUGGAAUCCUGCUACUUGGGAUCAUAACACAGGUACAGAACAAGAUGGUGAGAGGAAUGCUGGUUAUAUUUCAAACGUUUUCAGGUCGGCAAAAGAAAAAGCUAGUAGCUUCAAGUGGCCUCAGUUGGAGUCGAUAGAAUCUGGUUCUAAAGCAGCCAAGAAUGAAGCAUCUUUGUCAGACAAAGAUGAGCAACCUGUGGCCUGUUCUAAUGAUGCGCUCUCAAAGCCAGAUGCCAGCUCUUGCUCGAGAGGACAAAGAUGAAGAGUUUUCAUUGUCAAGUCAAACUACCAAUGAGCUACAACAAGUGCAGGUAAAUAAAAGCAUGUCCCUUGAUCAAAUUCUGUCUGUAUCAGAAAAUUAACAAUGAGGAGUUUAGGUCGAAAGAGAAGAAAAACUUGAGGAGUGGUCGGGAGGACGGGCAAUCAUAAUGCUGUUCCUGGAGAAGAUAAUUAGCAGUAAAGGGCUUUAGCUUGAUAUAGCUUUGAACCGGAAACAAUUCUUUUUCUCUGGAAGGGACUUCAUUCGUACCAUAUUUGACGAAUCUUUGUACCAAAACAGGAAAUGUAAAAGUGAGAGAUUAUCAGUGUUCGAAAGAGACGGGAAAAAGAAGCUUGAAUCUACAAUAUAUUCUAAUUGUCUUUGUACCUUGAGGAGUCUAAAAGGGCAGCCCGGUGCACUAAGCCCCGCUAUGUGCGGAGUUUGGAGAAGGACCGGACCACAAGGAUCUAUUGUACGCAGCCUUACCCUGCAUUUCUGCACGAGAUUGUACCUUGAGGAGUCUAUCUUUGUAAAUUGCUUUUAGUUUAUUCUCCGGACCGUAGUUUGACUGUCAGCUUCAUAGUUCAAACUGAUAAGACAAACCUAAAUCCACAAGCAGCUUAUGCCAUUAAUCAAAGCUCUUACCCAUGUAGUUUGCCUAUUAAUCUCAAGGGAUUGGCCCAGUAGAGUCAAAGGUCAGGUGUAAAUUGCUUGCUUAUAGAACUUGGCAUUUCCACACAAGUAGCUGCAAUGUGUACAAUUUUACACAUUAUAUUUUCUUGAAGUAUAUGGAAGCAGUUCAAUGAUUAGGAAUUCA